AUGGCUAUGGCAUACAGUUUCAUAUACAAUUUUGCUCUAGCGGAUUAUCUACACUCACAGGAUCCAAAGUUACCAGAGCCUAACAUAACUACAAUCAAUAACAUAAUCAAUUCCUCAUUCCGUACUGACUAUUUAACAGAUGAUCAUAGAUUCCUAGCAUUGUGGAGGCUUGGGAUCAUCACAAAGAAACCUCAAGAUCUAGAAAUUUCUUACCAUCCUGUGGGUGGAUUCAUCCUCUAUAACCUUGUUGAUCACAUGCAUCCAGUUGUUAGCAUGCUAGAAAAGACUCAGAGAGGACUGGAUGAAGCUGCUAGAUAUGCUAUGCAAAAAUACGGAAUUGAGUUGCCUGAAAUUCAAACAGAGGUGUUGGGAGGACAAUAUUUAUCAUAUCUUGAUACCUCUCAACUUAAAAGAGAUUUUACAGCUAAACCAGUGCCUGAAAAGAAAGGAGUCUACAAGGAAAUGGUGAAAGCCAUCAGAGAUGACAAAUCAGUAUUCAGUGAAGCUGCUGUGAAGAGGUACAGACUAUUUGUCUGA